CCUUGCCAAACAUUUUGUUCACAGCGGAGCUCUGCACUCAAAUGAGAACAAGCGAGUAUGGCUGUCCCAUAAUGGGGGAAAAUGUAUUUCCCUUCAACUUGAACUUGUUUUCGGCGAAUUCAUGAGGUGAAUAUCAGUGACCAAAAAUGUGGAUAUGCGUUCUGUGUUCGUGGUAUUUCACGUCUUUCUAAAAGCAUGCCAGAUGAUCUGAUGAUGGAAAUCGAAAUUUAGGGACACUAAGGGAAAAUGAAUCUCCACCAAGUACUCACUGGGGCUGUCAACCCCGGAGACAAUUGUUUCUUUGUCGGAAGCAUAAACGAUGUGCCGUUCACGGCCUAUGCUUCUGGUUGUGACAUUGUUAUCUUGGGAAGUGACUUUGAGAGGCUUCAGAUUAUCCCAGGUGCCAAGCAUGGAAACAUUCAAGUUGGGUGUGUGAACUGCUCUCAACAAGGACAGAUUGCUGCAUCCUAUGGAAACAUUGUUUGUAUAUUUGACCCUGUGCUGAUGAGCCCAAAGGAAAAGACGCCAAUGAAACCAAACUAUCACUGGCAAAUAACAGGACAGUUCGAUUUACAGUCUAAAGCACACAUCAUUGCUUGGAGCCCCACAGGUACUUGUCUUUUGACUGGGUCAGGUUGCCUACAGUUAUGGUCCACUAUGAAUUUCUUUGGUGGUGCUGAAGAAGAGAUGGGUAGUGACCCUUUGUCUUCUUGGAGGUGUAUAUGGCAGUGCAACACUGCCUCACCUGUUCACCUAAUUAAGUUUAGUCCAGAUGGAGAGUUUUUUGCCACUGCAGGGCAGGAUGACUGUUUGGUAAAAGUGUGGUACAGCAUGAACAAGUGGCAGUAUGAUGCCGCAAAACUGUUCACUCCACCAGAACUCGGCUCUCAGGGGAAGCCGGACUUCUCCUUCAUCUAUCUAGCUCAUCCGCGCUCGGUCACUGGCUUCUCAUGGAGGAAAACCAGCAAGUAUAUGCCCAGAGGUGCUGUGUGUAACGUGCUACUGACCUGCUGUAAGGACAGUGUGUGUCGACUAUGGGCCGAAACACUGCUGCCCAGUGACUGCCUGCUCUCUGGACUAAGACAAAAUCACAGCGGCAGCAACGAUACUCUCAAGUCCAGUAAUCUAAAAAAGGCUCAAUGUAACAACAAAGGUCACAGUCGAAAUCUGCCUGAGCUGAACUUGGCAGAAAUGAAUCGAGGACCAGUCAGGGGUAUGGCUCAUUCAAGGCUUCUUCCUCAGCAGCAGAAUAAACAUUACACCCACAGAGCCACCGUCGCUCAUGCCAAUGCACUGUGCCACUUUCACAUUGCUGCUAGCAUCAACCCAGCCACAGAUAUUCCUCUGCUGCCCUCAAUAUCUUCCCUGAGCGGUUCAGAUGAUGAGGAAACUGGUGGACCCUUCACUGUUCACUGGCUUAACAACAAAGAAUUGCACCUGACUCUUACCAUGGAGGUGUUCCUCCAGCAGCUCCGGAGCAGUAUGGAGCAUCAGAAUCCACCACAGCCUAGCCAGGCUGAUGAUGACUGUUAUGAGGAGGGCAGUACUAUGGCGCCUGAAAGCAGAAAUGAAGAGAUCAUCUUUAAAGACGGAUCCUCAAUUCCUCUCCCUAAAGCUGCAGUAAUUCACCAGGUGGAGGUGUUACUUAGCGACUGGAACAGGGGAGCAGACAUGCUUUUUAGCAUCCACCCUAUGGACGGGUCGUUGCUGGUUUGGCAGAUCGAUUGGCUAGAUGAGUACCAGCCCGGAAUGUUCCGACAAGCACAGGUGUCUUUCGCAUCCCGAAUUCCUGUUGCCUUUCCUGCGGGUGAUGCUAUCUCCCUCAGCAGCAGUGUAGUGAUGUAUGCCUGUAAUAAAAAUGUGGAUUUGGCAAUCCAGCAUGGUCGCCAGCGUCCCCAAGGAGUACAACGCACCUCUUCCGUUCUAAUUGGUCUGGGCCGGGGUAAGCAGUCCCCAAACGGCCUGCGCUUGAGCAUCUUCACGCCCAAUGUACUGAUGAUCUCAAAACAUUCUGAUGGCUCACUCAACCAGUGGUCAGUGAGCUUUGCUGAGGGCUCAGCCUUCUCCACUGUGCUUAGCGUCUCACACAAGUCACGCUACUGUGGCCAUCGCUUCCACCUCAAUGACCUGGCCUGCCACUCUGUACUGCCUCUGCUCCUAACAACUUCACAUCACAAUGUCAAUGUGUGCAACCCCAUUGGUCACUCGAGGCCCGGGGCAGACUCUUCAGGCCAAAGAAAGCGGUUAUCCCUAGGACCUGUUUCCCAGGACCCGAAUGCAAUUUAUAGUGAACUAAUUCUAUGGAGGGUGGAUCCAGUCGGACCCUUGUCAUUUUCAGGGGGUGUGUCUGAGCUGGCCAGAAUCAACUCGCUCCAUGCAUCUGCCUUCUCUAAUGUGGCCUGGCUUCCAACUCUCAUCCCAAGCAAUUGCCUUGGUGUAUAUGGCAACUCGCCAAGCGCCUGUUUUGUAGCAAGUGAUGGCCAUUCCCUGAGAUUGUAUCAGGCAGUAAUUGAGGCUAAGAAACUGCUGAGUGAACUCUCCAAUCCUGAAAUAUCAAAAUAUGUAGGAGAAGUAUUCAAUAUCAUAAGUCAGCAGUCUACAGCGAGACCAGGCUGCAUCAUUGAGCUCGAUGCCAUCACAGACUUUCAAGGCAAGGAGACCCAGCUGUUACAUGUGUUUGAAGAGGACCUGAUCUUGGGAAAGGAGAAAAAGGAUGAAUGCUCACAGGAGCUCCCAGCUGCUGACAAUACAUCUAGCCCGGCACUUUUCUGGGCACGCUUCUUUCUGGUGGUGAUUGAGUUUACCCCGAGUAGGAGAUCAGUCCUACAUAUGUGGCACCUGCAGCUGACCGCAGCUCCUGUUACCAUGGGCGAGACCUCAAGCCCUGCUGAUAAAGACACUGUGGCUUCAUCCUUUAUGUGUAACUUUCACAAAGACUCACCAUCAGCCCAUAAAUCACCACUUAGCAGGUCCAACCUGCAAAGUGCCUGUCGCCUCACAUUGAUCAAAGAGAGAGUUUUCAGUCAGGAGCUGAACCUUCCAGAAGGAGUUGAGGUUAUAUCUGCCACACCAGCUGCAGGCCAUUUAAGCUCGUCAUCUCUGCAGCCUACUGGCCGGGCCCCAUAUCUUUUAGCAACAUCCUGUACAGAUGGGACUGUGAGGUUCUGGAGCUGUAGAGUAGUCUCUGACAAUGAAGUAAUUUCUGACGCAUCUUACAUCUGGGAGGAAUGGCCUUUGCUAGUGGAGGAUGGUCUUGCCAAUAGCAGUGCAGUGAACAUUCCUGACAGGCCUGUGGGCAUUAGCUGCUGUCACACUAACCGAGUAGCUGUGGCAUACAGGGACUUAAAGCCUUCCAGACUUACCAAGAAGCCCCUCAUUCAUGUGAGUAUAUUCCAGUGUGAAUCCACCGGAGGGUCCCAGUGGAUAUUGGAGCAGACACUUGAGCUGAAUGUUUCGCUCAGUUUGACUAACUAUGAUAAACACUUGCCUGUGGCUGGCUUUCAGGAUGAAACAAUAAGUACUGGGGAUUGUUUGCAUAGCAAUGGUAAAAGUCUUGUUCAUCUGGACUGGGUUUCAAGAGAGGAUGGUUCUCAUAUUUUGACUGUAGGUCUUGGUUCUAAACUAUACAUGUAUGGGCUGCUCUCACAAAAACCUCCAGAGCUGGGGCUGUCGGACAUCAGCAGGGAGCAUUGCUUUUCACGUCUUGUUCUGUUGCGUGUAGUGGACCUUGUCUCCUCUGUGGAGGGCUCUUUGCCAAUCCCAGUCUCGCUGUCUUGGGUUAGAGAUGGCAUUCUUGUUGUCGGCAUGGACUGUGAAAUGCAUGUCUACUCUCAGUGGCAGCCUGCAGCAUUAGCCAAAUCCGCACUGAAUUUAGGUGAUGCAAAUGGUGGCAGCAUGAGCUCACUUAAUACAGCUCUCAAACAAGAGGGACUGAAUCUCCAACCUCCUAAAAGGACUCUUACCAGGUCAAUGACUAGUCUGGCUCAAAAGCUUAGUGGUAAGAAGACAAUGUAUGACCUUCCACCUGAAAUGGAAGACUACGGUUUGUUUGAGGCAGCCCACCACUUGUUUCCUACCCUCCCUCAAUACCAUCCAGUACAGCUUUUGGAACUAAUGGACCUGGGCAAGGUCCGACGGGCCAAAGCUAUUUUGUCCCAUCUGGUUAAGUGCAUAGCUGGAGAGAUUGUGACUCUGAAGGACACCAACGUUAAUCAGGAACGUCGUUUAAGAUCCCUCACUAUUAGUGCUAUUGGCAGUACUGCCCGGGAUCCCAAAGGGAUGUUUAGCAAGACUGAGAGCUCAGACUACACAGAGAUCGACUCCAUCCCACCAUUGCCCCUGUAUGCUCUGCUUGCUGCAGACGAUGAUACAGCCCCCUGUGCUAAAGGGAAAACAUCCAGCGUUAGCGGCGACAGCGGCCAUGGUUCCAGCCGAGCAGACACAUAUGAUGAGCUUUUCCAGACCAGCCCUGUGAGCUUAGGUGACAUGGAUCUCUUAGAUGGUGAGGAGGAGGAUAAUAAAGCUAAGGUCAUUGAUCUUUCGAAAUACAGUCCUACUUUUUUUGGCCCAGAGCAUGCCCAGGUUUUGUCAAGCCACCUGCUUCACUCUAGCUUACCUGGGCUGACACGAAUGGAACAAAUGUCACUUAUGGCCUUGGCUGACACCAUUGCCUCAACCAGCACAGACAUCAGGGAGAGUCAGGGAAAAGAUCAAGGUGGAGAGACUCUGGAUGAAUGUGGCUUGAAGUUCCUACUUGCUGUUCGUUUGCACACUUUCCUUCUGACAUCAUUACCUCCAGUGCAUCGUGCACAGCUACUUUGCCAAGGACUGUCUACAUGUCACUACACCUGGGCAUUUCACUCUGAUGCUGAGGAGGAACUGCUCAACAUGCUGCCCUGCAUGCAGAAGGGAGAACCCACCUGGCCUGAAUUGAAAGCCAUGGGUAUUGGCUGGUGGCUAAGGAGCACUAAUAAACUUCGCAGAUGCAUUGAAAAGGUAGCAAAGGCUUCUUUCCAAAGAAACAACGAUCCCCUGGAUGCAGCUCUGUUUUAUUUGGCUAUGAAAAAGAAAGCUGUAGUCUGGGGACUAUACAGGUCCCACAAGAAUGUAAAGAUGACGGCUUUCUUCAGUAACAACUUUAAUGAGGACCGAUGGAGGAAGGCUGCAUUGAAGAACGCAUUCUCUCUGCUUGGAAAGCAGAGGUUUCAGCACUCAGCAGCUUUCUUUCUGUUGGCUGGUUCCCUCAAGGAUGCUGUUGAGGUUUGCUUGGAGAAGAUGCAGGACCUGCAGUUGGCUUUGGUGAUUACCAGAUUAUAUGAGUCUGAGUUUGAGACAUCCUCCACUUAUAAGAAGAUUCUACAGAGGUACGUGCUGGGUCACGACCAUCAGAUUCCAGUGCACCCGGAUCCCUUUCUACGUAGUAUGGCAUAUUGGGUUCUAGAUGAUUACAGUCAUGCUUUGGACACGUUGCUUGAGCAACCCAACCAGGAUGGUGAUGCUUUACACAAAGGAACCAAAGAAUCAUCUCCUUGCAACCCAGAGGUUUUCAACUUUUACACCUACCUCAGGACACAUCCACUGCUCCUUCGGCGCCAUUUUGGAUCCUCAGACAAAGCUAAAGUGGGCCUGACGGGACAGGGGAGCAUGGCUGAUUCUAUUAGUCUCAUGGAAAGGAGACUGUUCUUUACUACUGCUAAUGCUCACUUACAAGCUGGUUGCCCUAUGUUAGCUCUAGAUGUCCUCUCCAAAAUGCCCAAAGUUAUUAAGAAAUCCAAGAUGCUGCACAUCCAAGAGAAGCCCUCACCAACACUUAGUGGUCCUGACAAUCCAGGCAGUGAAAGUAGAAAAGAUCAGGCCUCUACUCUUGAUUGGUCCCAGCCUAUUUAUAACGGCUUUGCGUCUGUCUCAGACACCUUAUCUUCUCCACAAGAAGAUCACAGCCACUCAGACUCUGUUUUGAGCUUUGACUGGAGUCAGCCAUCCACGACAUUGCAAGAUGAGCCUUUGGAGCUGAAGUGGGAUAGUGAUAAAGAAGAAUCUGAUGAUGAAGAAGCUGGCCUAGCCAUGAAGAAAAUCCAGUCAGAGAGUUCAGCAGUCGUUUGUGAGGCUCCUGAUUCAACCUCCAUGUCUACCGAUGUCAUUGAAGAAGACUCCCUUGUCCUUUUUGAAGACAUCUUAGCCGCUCGGCUCAAGUUUAUUUCAUGUCUGAAGAUGCUGACUGCCGAGCUCCGGACUCUCUCCACAGGUUACGAGCUGGACGGUGGCAAGCUGCGCCACCAACUGUGCCACUGGCUGGAGCGUGAGGUGAUGGCCCUCCAAAAGUGUUGCGGGUACAACCCCUACCAUCGGCAGCUGGCUGGAGGUAUCUCACUUGAGCUUGGCCAAGUAAGUGGUGCCUCUGGAGAUGAGAGAGAGUACCAGGAGACUGCAGAGCAGGUCAGAGAGAUGCAACACAGACGCAGACUGUGGCUUCAGAGAAACCAGCCUCUACUUCGCAUCUUUUUAAGCUACUGCAGCCUACAUGGUUCACAUGGAGGAGGGUUGGCUUCAGUCAGGAUGGAACUAAUUCUUCUUCUUCAGGAAUCCCAACAGGAUGAUAGUACUCAGGUUCCUGUUCAGCAGCAAGCAUCAGUUCCUCUUUUGCUGGCCUGCACUGCGAGCUCCAAAACUGUUGUAGCAAAUCCUAUAGCACACCUGACCAACCUGACACAUGACAUACUGCACACCAUUAAUGCACUAGACUCUCCUCCUCAUCCAGACAUCACGAACAAUGAGAUUUAUGUGAUGCACACCCUGGCAGCUUCUCUGUCUGCCUGCAUCUACCAGUGCCUCUGUGAUGGACACAGUUACAGUCACAUCAACCAGUUCACAGGCACUGUCUAUGAGAGCAUACUACUUUCCCAUCAACACCCUGUCCGAACUCUGAGUAUGGAUGAAGCUGCCAUUCCCAACACCCCUCCAGCACAGUGGCCAGGUGUCAGUACUUUAGUUCGUCUCUUGGGUGCAGCAGCAGAGGAGAACCAGCCAAGUGUGGGCGUGCUUCUGUGCGAGAUCCUUACAGCAGUCUUCCUCAGCUUGUUUGUGCAUGGGCUGGCCACACACUCCAGCAAUGAGCUCUUCCACAUCGUGGCUCAUCCACUCAACAGCAAGCUGUGGGUGGUUGUGUUUGGUGGGGGGGCUCGUCUGCCUGUAGCAGGAAAAUCCAGCAUGGCAUCAGCUCCAGCCACAAAUGAAGACCAGGAUUGGAAGCAGAAGCGUUUCAGGCUGCCUCCUUCCAAAAGCAGCUCCAGGGAUGUACCAGACAGCCCAGUCAGCCCUAUAGGAGAGCAGGAGGCGUCCAUUUUUAAAGAACGCUUUGUGCCUCCUGAACUCAGUGUUUGGGACUACUUUAUUGCAAAGCCUUUCCUGCCACCGUCUAUAAGCCAAGUUGAGUAUGAUUCAGAGGAAAGCCAAGGGAGUGAUGAGGAAGAAGAUGAUGAUGAUGAUGAUGGUUUUGGAGAUGCAUUUGACCCCAAUUCUCCACUUAAAGAACAUUCCAACAACAAUUCAUAUAGCUGGUGUUUGAUGCGUGUGGCCAUGGUGCAGUUGGUGCUGGUCAGCUUGAAAUCAUUCUAUCCUAUGGCUGGCUAUGAUCUCCAGGACCUACCUGUAUGCUCCCCACUGUGCCACUCAGUAAUGAAAACGUUACAGCGCUGGGAACAGGUGUUGCUCAAAAGACUGGAGAUUUUCGGUGGGCCGCCUUCCAAAUUCAUUUCCACACAACCGGUUGAUGGGACCAUGGCGUCUGGACCAGCUCUUCUCAGACACAAGGCAUUAUUCGAACCCUCUAACACCCCAUUCAGGUCUCGACAUCAUUCUGCACUUUCUGUUAAGAGACUAUGGCAGUACCUGGUAAAACAGGAAGAGGUUCAGGAGACUUUUAUCCGCAACAUCUUUGCCAAAAAGCGGGAUCAGACUGAGUUGGUUGAGGACACUGAUAGCAUGAGGUAUUCAGGAAUGGAGGAGCCUGGUCUUAAUCAGAUUGAAGCAGAACUGGGUUACCCUGGAGGCAAAGCACGUAUUAUCCACAAGGAUUCUGACAUCAUCACUGCCUUCUCCAUUAAUAAGGCCAAUCGUAACUGCUUAGUGAUUGCAUCUACCCAUGACAUCCAGGAGCUGGACGUGUCCUCCAUCCUGGCCACUCAGAUAAUGACAUGGAUCGAUGAUGAAGCAGAGUCGGAAGUCAAAGGUGAUGACUUCCUGGUGGUCCAGACCCGGGAUGAUUUCACCACGUUGCAUGGCACAACACCCUACACUCACAGCAGCCCUGGUACUCCCAUUAAUAUGCCCUGGUUAGGCAGCCACCAGACUGGCAGAGGAGCAGCCAUGCUGAUUAAACGAAACAUUAACAACGUCAGGAGGAUGACAUCCCACCCUACCCUCCCAUAUUACCUAACAGGUGCUCAGGACGGAAGUGUGAGGAUGUUUGAAUGGGGCCAUUCACAGCAGAUUAUCUGCUUUAGGAGCCCUGGCAACUCCAGGGUUACGAGGAUCCGAUUUAACUACCAGGGGAAUAAGUUUGGUAUUGUUGAUGCAGAUGGAGCUCUUAGUCUUUGGCAGACAAAUACAUCAGGGAACACCCCAAAACCGUACCUGACAUUGCAGUGCCAUAAUAAAACAGCUCAUGACUUUGUUUUUGUGGGCUCGUCAUCUCUCAUUGCCACUGCAGGCCUUUCCACUGACAACAGAAAUGUAUGUUUGUGGGAUACACUGGUCAUGCCGUCGCAUAGCCUGGUUCAUGGCUUUAGCUGCCAUGAGUCGGGUGCCACUGUGCUGGCUCUUUCUCCUAAACAGCAGCUGCUGCUUAGCGGAGGCAGGAAAGGAUGGAUCAGCGUGCUGGACCUCACACUGAAGCUUCAGCGCCAGAGCUUCCAGGCUCAUGACUCGGCUGUCAAAGCGCUUGCUGUGGACACUACAGAAAGCUGCUUCAUCAGCGGCUCGGCUGAGGGCAACAUUAAGGUGUGGAACAUGUUAACGCAGAGCCUUUUGCACACUUUCCCGAAUGAACAUGCCCGGCAGUCCAUCUUCCGCAACCUAGGCACAGGGGUUAUGCAGAUUGAGACAGCACCAGGCAAUCACAUCUUUUCUUGCGGUGCUGACGGGACCAUGAAAAUGCGUGUCCUGCCUGACUGUGUCAGCAUCUACACCAACAAUGUGAAGAAUGAUGUAAAGUUCAUCAUUUAGCACAACUGAAGAGGUCGGAGCAACUUUUGCACAGGGUAAGAUGAGCAAUACGAACCACUGGGAAGGUGAACUUUUGACCUGAGCAAAUACAGCGCUGCUGAUCAGUCAAUAGUUUGGACAUUCACAAGACUGAGGAACCCUGAUUGAAUUCCAGAGGAUGGACGCUCUUUCAUAUCACUUAAAUCCGGAUCAAGCAUAUAUUAUAUUGAAGCACAUUAAUUAUAUAUUUUACCCCUUUUUAAAAGCAUUACUUGGGUAGUCUGUAGACCUAUACCACAUAAGUAAGCCUUAAAUAAUAUGUUGCUAAGCAGUGUUGUGAUUGUGGACUAGAUAUUAUAGUGAAAAGUGUCCUUAUAUUUAUACCUGAAGUACAACCAUGGACCUCUGUGACAUCUAUUGGUUCAAGUGAAGGUUUUAAACUUCUUUGCAUACUGUAGCUUACAAAUUUGUGACCAUUCUUGCAUUGCAUUAACUGUGUACUAGUCCCUGCUGGUAUCUCUUAUUGUAUGAUUAAGGCAUUCUGUAAGAAUAAUUCCAAGAUAAACAGUAUUUAGGUAUUUGUAUCAUAGUCCUCAUCGAUUGGGUACGUUAAGACCUGUAUAGUAAAUAUGUAUAUCAGCGCAGGCAAUCUAAGUUUUUAAGCUUUUUCUUUCAAAAACAAACUUGAACUUAUAGUUAUGAAGGCUUUAGUGAAGAAGGAUAUGACUUUUCAUACAAAGCACUUUUCCAUCGAGGUAAUCUGCCAGAAAUCAGACGUUUUAUGCAUUUAUGUGAACAUAACUGGAAUACCCUUGCUGUGGGCAGCAACAAAUAAAUGCUAUUGUCUCCAACAAAGACAUGUUUUGGUCCAUCGA